GCCUCGGCUUUGAUAUAAAAGUUGCGUGCGCGACAUUCGGCGGCAUAGUCUAAUACAGGAGUCUCAAGUGGAAGUGAAACCAAGCCAAGCGUCAAAAACAUAGAUUGUGAAAAUGUUCUCACUGCUGGGUCUGUUUAUUAUUGGAGUGGGUGCUGCGGCGGCAAUUGAGCUGCCGCUGAGUCCCAUCUACCAUUCACCAGCGGCCAUUGUGAAGCCCCUGCUGAAGACUGUGGAGGUGGAGGCGCCAGCACACUACGACUUCUCCUAUUCGGUACGCGAUGAUCACACCGGCGACAUUAAGAGCCAGACCGAGUCACGAAAGGGCGACCAGGUACAGGGUCAGUACACGCUGAUCGACGCCGAUGGCUAUCUCCGCACCGUCGACUACACCUCCGAUGCCCACAAUGGCUUCAACGCCAUCGUCCGUCGCGAUCCUCUGGGACAAAAGGUGGUCAAGCAGAUCGCUCCCAUCAAGGUUGUCCAGCCUCUGGCCCUUGGGGUACCCAAAUUGCUUGCGCCUGCCAAACUGCCUCUGCCCCUGGGCUUGUAUCACUAG